GUAUAUGUGAAACAUUCUCCGCUGAUCAACAGUAAAAUAUAUCAAUUCAAUCCAACUUUCUUGUGUGAAAUAAACAUUUCUCAAACUUCUAAAAUUAACAAUCGAAAGUCAGGAAGUCACCAUGGGAUCACACCACUGGACCACGUUUGCGGUGAUAUCCCUGAUUGCUGCAAGAGUGACAGCAGAGGCAGACUGCCAGGAGGGCAGAGCGGCGGAGAAGCUCUUGUUGCACUUCCAGCAGGACGCUCCCAGGGGCCUGCCAGGCCUGGACCUUCCCCCCUGGAUGCCGCUGAUGACUCCCCUCCAAGUGGGGCCGGUAACCCUGCUGGACACCCGCGCCCGUGGACUCAAUGACCUCGUCCUCCAUGACCUCCACGUCCUCGCCCACAACUUCACGGGCAGCGUGAAGUUAAGCCUGCCCAUGCUGCUUGUGGAGGGCGUAUACGAGAUACCAGGGUUGUGGUGGACCACGACGGGGCACUUCAACCUCACCCUCACCAACAUCAGCGCUGACACCACCAUCAGCAUCGCCGUGCUGCCCGAUGGAUGCUUCUACGUCUACGACUAUCAGUGUAAAGGAUUAUGA